CUUCCUUAUUUGGAACGAAGAUCAGAUUCAAGAUGGCGACAGGUGCUACCAGAAAAAUAAUCGUUUGUAGGAACUAUCCAUAAAAGAACUGCUGGCAGAAGACGAGCAAUUUUUUUGGAGAUACCAUGAAUUCCACAUUCGUAUUUGGAUUAAUCUUUAACUUUAUACAAUACCAUCCAUUACCAAAACUAUAUCUGUGAUGCUACUGACAUGAUGGGCCAGUGUGAAUCGUCAGGUUAUACAACUGCUGAAAUAACUUUACUACCAGAUAAAUCUCAUAGAUUAUCUCCCCUUGGUGACCUUCUGAACCCUGAGAUAAAUAGCUAGAUCAUGGCAAAGAAAACAGAUGACCGUACAUUCAAUGUUAGUGUUAUUGGUUUGUCUGGUACGGAAAAAGACAAAGGACCUAUUGGAGUUGGGAAGUCGUGUUUUUGUAACCGUUUCAUCUGUCAGGUUGCGGAUAAGUAUUCACAUGACCACAUCUCAGUCUUGAGUCAGAGUGAUUUUGCAGGCCGUGUUAUUAACAAUGAUCAUUUCUUAUACUGGGGAGAGGUUACGAAAACUGAUGACGGUUCGAACUUUACAUUCCAUGUAAUUGAGCAAACAGAAUUUAUUGAUGAUGUUUCAUUCCAGCCGUUUAAAACUGGACGAACCGACCCAUACCAUAAAAGAUGUAUCAUGACGAAGGUUCAGUCAGCCGAAAAGCUGAUGUACAUCUGCAAAGACCAGCUAGGUAUGGAAACAGACAGCUCAUAUGAACAGAAGAUAAUGCCUGAUGGGAAACUGAACAUUGAUGGCUUUAUAUGCUGUUUUGACGUGAGCCAAAUACAGCAACGAACUCUUGAACAUCAAGUUGAUUUUGUGAUUCAUCUCUUGAAUGGCGUGUUAAAAAAUAAGAAACCUGUAGUGUUAGUGACAACAAAAACUGACGAAGGAAAUGAAAGAUACUUAAAGGAAGCAGAGAAAAUCGUGGCGCGUAAGGAGUAUAAAAAUAAUAUUCCAUUGAUUGGCACUUCUGCUCACGAAAAUGUGAACAUUGAAUUAGCAUUUAUGACUCUAGCACAUUUAAUAGACAAAACUAAAACACGGCCAAAAAUAAUUCCAUUCAGCGAAGCUGUUAAACAGCGCAAAGAAAUUCUGGAUGUGGCCACAGAAGCAUACAAGAGUUUGUUAAAGUUGCAAGUGAUAGAUUCAAAAGCGAUUUGGUCUCCAACUAAACGGAAACUAGAAAAAGAAUCUGACUUUGGGCAUUAUGUUGAUCUUUUUGGGACUGAUUCAGCCAAGCGUUUGUUCAGAAGACAUAUUGCCUAUUUACGUGAUGAGCAAAUUAAGAAGCGAGAACAGUUCUUUCUAAAGAAAUUGCCGGAGACAAUAAACCACUUCCUUCCAGAUCUCAUUUCCAUAAAUGACAAACCCUGGUCUGGUUGUCAACGGUACAUCGCUGACCAUCCGGACUAUGACACAUACUUUAUAGAGGUGGCUCCUGGUGAUGAAAGCUGGAAGUCAAAACAAGAUUUUGUCGAAAAUUACUCAGAGUUAAGAAUUCCUUUUGAUCUGCUCAACUCCUCUGAUGCCGAAAAAUGUUUCCGAAAUCAUCUUGAUAAUCUUCAAGCUGAAUACAGAAAAUCACAAUUAAAAAAGAAAUUCAAAAUAGCUCUAGAAGAAAACCAACAUGUGAUACCAGGAAAAGGCUUAGAAGAAACCUACAUAUUUUUCGUAGGAAAAGAAUGUUACAAUGACCUUCUUAGUCAGGAACGAGAACAAGUCUAUGAACAACAUCAAGCCGAACUUAGACAAAAAGCCAAGUUAGAAUUUCAGGAAUUAUUAUGGGAAAAGUUAGAACUUUUUAUCCGGAUGAUCGGUACCAGUGAUACAUAUACACAGGAGGAUAUCAAAUCUAUCACAAAGGAUUUAGAAGAUGAUUUGAGGUACAGAAAGUUAGACAAAAUGGAAGGAGAAAGAAAUAUUAUGCUUUUGAAUCAUUUAGGAUUUAUGGAAUGUCCGUCAAAAGAUAGAUGUCAUUUCCGUGAGAAAUGUGCUGAAAAUAAAGUUCAAUUAUUAUUGGCUUCAAGGCCUGUAAGGCCAGAGCCACAGACAAUAACCCAACCAACAGAGUGUUCUCCCCUUAACCUAGUCUUGUUAGGUAAAGAUGGCCUAGCCACAUCAAUAAUGAAAGAAAUCCGGCUUGUAUACAGUAACGAUGAAUUCCAGUGCUUUGGGAAGUUAUACAGUUUAGAUUAUAGAACCAUAGAAGAUGACAUUAACGUAGAAUUUAAUACUCUUGCCAUGUUUAAACCUCAUGUAUGUAUAUGUGUGUAUAAUUCACGAGAGUCCUUCGAUUAUGUAAAAGCCAGUUUGCAGACAACAGACGAUAAUAAUUUCACGUUACAAGAUUUACCAAUAGCUAUUGUCCAAGCUUACAAUAAGAAUUUAUCCGAGAAGGAGCAGGUCAUUCUCCACGAAAGAGGUCAAAAGAUUGCCCAACAGUUAGAGUGUGUAUUUGUAGACAUUCCUUUUGAAUAUGAAGUGCAAGAUCUAUUCUGUCGACAACAAAUAACCAGAGCUUUAGAAUCAUUAGGCAUAGAAUUUAAUAAUGAUGGACGACCUUUAUCAGAAAUUAUGGAGCCUGACCUCAGAGUUGGUAUGUGUCUGAUGUGUGGUGAUGCCUUUUCUGCUGAGAUUCCCCUGGGGCCACUGUUAAACAGUAACCCAACCCAGGUCAGAUCUGACACCAAUCCUUCCGUCACCAUUGAGGCUAAUUUAGAGAGUACGCCAGACCUUACCAAACAAAAAAUUGAAGUAUGCUGUGGUUCAUAUCACAACUUUGUUGCAAAGAUUCAGAAGGAAGAGGAAGAAGAUGUGUAUCAUGGUUUUGUUCUUGUGUUCUCGCCAAAAAGAAAAGCAUCAUUUUGUACCAUGAAUGCAUUUGCGGACUUGUUAAGACGGUAUUGGCCUUCCAUGCCUAUACUAAUAUUAGCCAUUACAGAGAUUGGUGCCUCUUCAGUAUUUUUCCAGGACGAAAUGAGUCAGUCAUUGAUACAGAAAGCUAUUAAAGUAGCAGACGACUUAGGGAUAGAAUAUAUGACAACACCUCCAAACUUUCAAAACCAAGCAUUAGUAUAUAAUAAUUUCCUGAAGGAAGUAUGGCAAAAGAGAGAAGAAAUAAAUGAGUCGUAUUAUUAUGAAGCCACUAGUCCACCAGCAUAUGAUGAAUCAAUGUCAAACAGACCUCCAGCUCCAUUACCUAAACCUUAUGAUGCGUACAAUACUAAAAGUAGUACAAGCAACAGCCAGAGUACAGAGGAUUCUGACCCUCUUUAUGACCAGCCUUCCCGAUAUCGUCAUCCAUCUGAUAGUGAGCCGGAGAGACCAUCGUCCACUUCGCCUCCUCCUUUCAGAGCAGAUCAGUCUGGAGAGUAUGCUCAAAAUGGUGAACAUCUAGUCAAACCAAGCGUGAUUAAAAGAAGGACCAAUAUGAAUGCGGCUUGGGCUCUCAACGAAAGAAGACUACCAAGUAAAGCAUCGACAUUACCCACAGACAUUGGACAAAAUUUUCAUGAAAACGGAAAUUGGAGUGAGCAGUCUCGGCAUCCUUCAACAGGAUCGAGAGAUUCAGAAGAGACGGUUUGGGUAGAAAAUGAGCAAUAUGCUUCCUUUUAUGAAAUGCAGAGAAAAUCAAAUUUGUAUAGUCCCCAGAAAAGGAAUUCUGCUGGAAUCAAUGCUCCCCUAGCAAAACCAGAACAAAUAGAAAUAGCAGACUAUGCCACAGUAAAGGAUGCCUUGGGUUAUCCACUGAUAGAGAAUGAUUAUGCUUCAGUAUGUGACCAACUUCCCGUAGGACAACUUCAACGUAUUAAAUCUACUCAGCGAAAAGCUAAAGACAAGAACAAGCUCAAAACAGAUGAUCGUCUUCAGUGGUCGUAUCGAUGUCAAAAGUUGCAACAUAUUUUCACCAGACAUUUUUCUUCUCCUACUAUUGGCUAUGAUGCCCUAUAUUCUUCUAGUACACUUGAUAUUUUGUACUCAGAUGAUUCAGAGGUGAGUUCAUUAGAGAGAGAAAGAGGGAACCGUGCUAUUUACUCUAAGGUCAACAGAAAACCAACACCACAUAAAAAGAAAACCAAACAAAGGUCAGAAGGAGGACCAAUUAUUUCCAUGCCUUUUGCCACAGAUGAACAUGGGAGACAUCUUGGUAUUCUGAGAGAUGCUGAUGACAGAGACCGAAGUAAUUCUCCAUCAGAAGGAAGCGAAGGCACAGGAGAUGAUACCAUAGCCAUUCUCAAGAAGCAACGUAAACGGCGGUCUAUGAAAAAGGGGAGAUCACCUGGUAGUAGUGAGGGUAGCCGCGGAGCAUUUAGUCCUCAAUAUUCUGAUGACAACUUCCCUGGAUCCCCGCAUGGUUAUCCAGAAGAAGAAAAUCCCUAUGAUACAAUAGAAAACUAUGGCACUUUCCCAGGGAGCAUGACAUCAAGUAUGGAUGGUGAGCUAGACCUGAAUAGUAGCGGAGGCUGGAGAAGAAAGAAAGAUUUAGAGAAAGACACACUCCGAAAAAUAAAGAAAGAAGAAAAGUUAAGAAGGAAGGAAGAGGAACGAAAGCAAAAAGAAUUGCAGAAGAAGCAGAAGAAAUUACAUAAAAAAACAGAUGGACGGCCAGGGACAUCAGAAAGUGGUUGUCGACUGGUAGAUUUCCAGAUGUCGUCUACAAAUCCUUCACUUCCUCAAUACGUAGAAACUUGUGUAGAAUUUAUCAGGGAAGAAGUGAUGACUUUUGUAAAUGUCCCGUGGGAAGAGUUGGAUAGAGGUAUAAAUGCAGAGGGUAUAUACAGAAUACCUGGAAAUAAACAACAGGUGGAAAUAUUACAACUAAAAUUACAAGAAGAUCCUAAUGUAGAUAUAAGAAGUUUAGAUAUACAGGUUAAUACAGUAGCUACUGUGCUGAAAUCAUUCUUUAAAGAUACAGAGCCACUCAUACCUCCUAACUUACAGGAGGAAUUAUUAGAAGCAGCUGAAAAAUAUGUAGAAAAUAGAGAAGCUGGGAAAGAACCUGAAAUUCCAGAGAAGAGUACACGGUUAGUGGCUAUUAGAGGCGUACUUCGGAAAAUUUCACCUGUCAAUUAUGAAGUAUUAAAAUACUUUAUAACGCAUUUAAAUGAACUGAGUCAACAUAAAGAGAAACAUAGCAUGGACAGUCGAAAUUUAGCCUUGUGUUUGUGGCCUACCAUUUUACGUAUGGAUUUUUCAUCAUAUGACAAAAUGGCACAAAGUACUAAAAUUCCAGGAGAAGUCAUCCAGACAUUAAUUGAUCAGUGUGGCUUUUUCUUCCACGGAGAAGCAGAGUGCGAGUAAAAUUUAAGAAACGGUCAUUACAUAAAAACCAGCAUUUGUAAUAAUUCUCAUAAGGAACCAGUGGAGUGGAAACCAGUUUAAAUUAACAUAUAAACAAAAACAAUGACAACUGGAUUGUAUUGCCAGAGUAGAUUUUCAGCUUUUGCAAGUGCUUUGUAGCAAAAUUGAUGAUUGUAAAAGGUAAUUUAUAAAAUUACGUGGCGAUCAAGAGGGGAGAAUGUGUUCAGAAUGAAAACGUUGCCAUCGUUUUUUUGCCAAACCUGAACUAUAACUAUUAAUUAAAUAAGGUUGAACCUUGACACAUCAACCAAGUUAAUUAUUGGUAUAUUAUCUGACCUUGGUUGUCAUAGCUACGAGUUUGACCUAAUUUUACAAUCAUGUUGUCAAGAAAAACCGCCAUUGGGCAGCUAGUCUUGUUUGUUGUCGUGUUGUUUGUUGAUUGGAAGGUUAUUACUGCAUAAUAAUUAUGAUUAUAUACAUAUGUGUUUCGAUUAACCAAGAUUAUGAAUGGAAGUCGACGGAAUGGAAGUUGAUCAGGGGAAACAACUCACAGUGCAGGUUUACUUUGGUGGUUAAUUUUUUGAAAGAUUUAAUUUACACUAAAUGAUAUACUGUGGAUUUAAUUAUUUUCCCGUGUACCAAUUUUCGUGGAUAAUUGAUUUUGAGCCUGUAAUAAACUUCCGCAAACAAAAAGAAAGUUUGUUUUUGUAAAAAGCUAAAAUUCAACAUAACCCAUGAAAUGCAUGGAAGUGAUUACCCAUGAAUAAUAACCACUCCACAAUAUCUGUGUUAUAAUUAAACGUAAAAUCUGGUUACUUAAGAUAUAUGUCUCACAAAUUUUGGAACAUAGGAAUCUUAAAAUUGUGUGUUUUAAGUUAUGAAAAUUGAGACAAUUUUGAUAUGUAUUCAAUCAUAGCCAAUUUUAACAAAACCAAAAGAUCUGCCUCCUGAUAUUUCAGGAUAUGAUUAAUUCUAGUUGUGAUGUAGGUUUGAAAAACCUAGAAAAGAACUGCCAGUAAAUUUUUAAGUUAGUGAAGAUAAAAAAGUUAUAAAAUAUCACAAAAGUAUCCAGUGGUUUUUUUUCACAGCUGAUUUUCAGUGGAGUAAACUUGAUUUGUUCUGUGAUAACAGAGAUCAAUAUGAGAUGAUCAUUUGUCAAAUAUCCUUUGAACAAUAUUGACACACCAGUUCUGUGCCAGCAUGGUCCAGAAAUGUCAGAAAAUAGCUCAUGGUGAAAAAAUUAAAUCAAUUCAUUUUCAUAUUAUAUAAAAAGUUGAUAGCUAAUUAAUACAAAUUUUGGAACUUUUUUAAUGUUUUGUUGAGGCUCAAGAUACCAAAUUGAUCUCUAAACUCGUCUCAUUAUUUUACAUUGAAGCCAUUGGUUAAGAAUUCAAUAUUUUUUUUCAACCAAUCAAUUGUACAUAAGCUUACUUUCAGAAAAAAAAAUAUUUACAAGAUUGUGAAAUAAUGUUUAGUAGUACCGACAUAAUUUCAUAUGAUUAUAAAAAAAUAACAAUGCAUUGUGUAGACAAGGUUUGCCACUGUCAUAACUGUUUUAUCUGCAAGUUCAUACAAAUAUAAAUAUAGAAUUUAGGUAUGAAAAUUAUCAAAAGAUGUGUGUUUGUUUAUUAGCCAGAGGGAGAAGGGGGGAAGGGGGAAAUUCCAAAACCAAUUGUGACAUUUUUGAGAGAGUCUGUAAUAAGAUAAAAAUAUUGUAAAUGUGCUAUUUGUAAAGUUGAUCUGACUGUUUAGUUCUAUUAUCAAAUCCAAGUGCUUUCUAUGCUAUAAUAUUGUUUAUUUGUGAAUGACAUUGUUAAUCUUUUUGUUGAUUUUUUUGUAUGAGAGUUGUAUAUUUAAUGAAGAUUCUUUGUAAAAAAAAAUGUCAAGUUGCUUUUUUAAUUGAGAUUUAUGUAUUUAAUUAGUUUACUAUAUAUAUAUAUUGUUAAACAGCUUACAGGAAAAAAAUAUAGCAUUGUUUAAAAGCUCACAGGAAAAAAAUAUUAUCAUUGUUGAACUGCUUACAGGAAAAAAUAUAGUAUUGUUUAACAGCUCACAGGAAAAAAUAUUAUCAUUGUUGAACUGCUUACAGGAAAAAAAUAAUAGCUUUGUUAAACAGCAAUGUUAAUUAGCUGAUGAAAAAAAAAGUGUGUGCUCAUUAGCCAGUUGUUCCAAGUUGAUUUCAUUGGCAUUAUAUCAUGUGCUUGGAAACAGAUCUUAAUAUAGUGAAACCUUUCUAAACCAAACUACUUUGGGACUUAAGAUAAGACACAUGUUUUGUUUAUGCAAGUUAAAGGACAAUUUAUGAUUAUGUGCUAAAUUAGCCCUAAAAUGAUUUGCUAGUAAUACCAUAGCCAUGAUGUAGAAAAUGUUGCCAAAAAAGAUAUUCACAAAGGGCAUUUUAUUUGUGUUCAACUAUUCACUGGCAAAAUAUAUUUUUGGCAACGACGCAUGUGCUCUAUGUUAACUUAUCAAAAAUGUGUCUGAAAUUAGCCUAUAUUUUAUAAAAAUCUGAAAAAAAAUCCAGUAUGACAUUACUUUAAUGAUGCCUCAAUCAAAAUGUAUCAUUAAUGCAUAGGCAAUAAUGUAUAAUUUCUUAAAAUAUUUAUUCUAAAUUUUAAAAAGAAUGUGAUUAGUAAUGGAAUUUAACAAAUUUUGGUGAAUUUAUUGGGCCAAAUAAGCCCCUAAAUGAUCUCUCUCCUUACUGAAGAGAAUUUAUUAUACAUCUUGGUACAACAUUUCCUUUUAAACAGGUGAUCGGUUUAGGCAGGUUUCACUGUGCAAUUAAGAUAGCCAUAUUUAGUUGAAGUUUAUUUAGUGUUUUUUUAAUUAGUUAUAUAGGUUUAAAUAUUGAUGUUCAACAACUGUAAGAUACUUUUCAAACAAUUUGUAAAGUUUUAUUAAUACCAAAAACGUAGACUAUUUCAUUUUCUUACGAUUUUAGAUAUUCUGACGUUUAUUUUUAAAAGAAAUUUUUCAGUAGGUUACAUUUAUCUAGGAAAUUCAUGAAUGAAUAGGUUCUGUAAAUCUAUGAAUGGAAUAUAUUUAGUUCAUGAGAGUUAAGCAACAAUAGUUAUCUCCCUUUUACAUUUUUGCAAAAAAAAAAAAAAAAAAAAACAACUUUCAAUUACUAUAUAACAUAAAUAAUAUAAACAACUGGAAGAACAGUAUAUAAAACUUUCUAGACAUAGUUUCUGUGACAUUUUAUGACAUUUUUACCUUUAAAUAAUAGAAUUUUCUUUUUAACAUGCUGAAAGGGAGAUGAUUUGAAUUAAAGCCCAUAAAAAAAAGAAACUAGUUCUUAAACAGUUUUAUAAUCUUUUGGGACUUUUAUAUUUCAUAAUUUGUUUUUUGUUGUCAGAGAAUGAAAAACUGUCAGAAAGGAUUUCUUUUUAGUAAUGAUUUUUGUAAAUCAUGAAAUGCACCAAACUUGAAGAUUUUUUUUUUUUUUUUUCUUAUUUAAAGAAGUUUACUCGAACAUGCACACAAAACAUUUAGGGAGGCUAGGUUUGAUGGUUGAAGUUCUAAAGGUUUAAAAAUCCAUAUCAUUUCUGAAUACUGAACAAUCUUGAACUUAGAUAUGAUAAACAUCAAAAGAGAUAAUAUUUAUCAAUUUUAUAUGUAUAGUAUGGACAGCAUAGAUUAUAGACCUUAUUUUAGUAACUUAUGUUACAAAUUUUCAUGUCAUAAUUGGUAAUUCUGUGCUUUUUUAAAAAUAAUAACUGCCAAUGUAUCUCAGUAUAUAUAAUUAUCUCAUUUCUUUAUGGAUCUUUGUAUUUUUUAUUAUCACAUACAUAUUAUUUUAAUUUGCCAAAGAAUUGAUUAUUUAUUAUUAACUAACAAAUAUUCAUGUUCUUAACCAGCAUGCUCGUGCAUAAGUAUUCAUAUAAGAAAUGAUCAGGUUAUUAUUGAAUUAUACCCUGUCAUCUUGGUAUAUAUAUAUAUAUAUUUAUAUAUAUGUAGCUUUUUGUAAAAAAAAAAAAGUGCUAUACAUUUGUUAUUAGAGAACCAAUAUAAUGAUUCAAGUACUGUUUAUUCAGACAUUAUUGCGUGCAUUUAUUAUUGCGAUUUUCGAAGAAUGGACAAUAAUGCGAGACUAAUUAUUGCGAUUUCAGAAAAAUGUAUGUACAUAUAUAUGUAUCAGAUACCAGAAUGUGAGUUCUUAUUAUUGUGAUUCUCACACAGUUGCAUUAUUCGCAUUAAUAAAAACCUAGCAAUAAUUUCUGAAUUUACAGUAAUUAGUUUAAUAAUCAUCAUACUUUUACAAUUGGUGUAUUAACUUCAUUUUUCUUAACCAUGCAUCCCACCAUUACUGUUGGAAGUAGCACUCUUCAGACACAAAUAUUUCCUUUAAUAUCAGUAUUCCGUUGAUUAUUUAAAAAAAAGGGGGGAGGGGUCAUAACUGACAAUUUGAUGGCAAACUUCUUUGUAAAUAUAUAUAUUGAAAAACCAGUAGUUGGUCUGAUAAGUUUUUAUGGUCAAAAUUGUGAUUUGACCGUGUGUAAUGUGCUAGACUCCAAGUUAGCAGGUUACUAUUACAGUGUGUUUCUGAUGCAUUUAUACUGCAUGAUGGGUAAAACAGCAAUUCCUUCCUUCAUUUGUGAUCUUAAAAUAUAACAUUUAUAAUAUAUUAUUGCUUUUGUUUUGUUUAGAUAUAAUAUAUAUACUACUGAUACAAAUACAAAUAUAAUAUUUAAACCAGGUUUGGGUCCUUUAUCUGAGGGCGGUUUCAUUUUUACCAGUUUAGGGUCCUUAAUUGGAGGGCUGUUCCAUUAAAACCAGUUUAAGACCUUUUAUCUGAGGGCUGUUCCAUUAAAACCAGUUUAAGACCUUUUAUCUGAGGACUGUUCCAUUAAAACCAGUUUAAGACCUUUUAUCUGAGGGCUGUUCCAUUAAACCAGUUUAAGACCUUUUAUCUGAGGGCUGUUCCAUUAAACCAGUUUAAGACCUUUUGUCUGAGGGCUGUUCCAUUAAAACCAGUUUAAGACCUUUUAUCUGAGGGCUGUUCCAUUAAAACCAGUUUAAGGCCUUUGUCAUUGUUUUGAUUCUAUUGAAAGUUGAUGGACUUGUAUAAAGGCACUCUUAAAGGAUGUUCGCUACUCUGUUUCAAAAUAACAAACUUUUUAAAACACUGUUAUAAAUUGAUAGUAUAUAAAUAAAGGAACUAAAAAAGCAUGAAAAAGAUGAAGUUUGCGUGAGCUCACUUUCGAGAUAUAAGCCAUUGAAAAUUUGGCGGGAAAUGAUUCUAUCCAGAUUUUUCAUACAUUUAACAUUGGCACCUUUUUUCUUUCAAAUAUGGCUUUUAAAACUAUAUGUAAUAAAAAUAUUAAAAGAAAAGUAGUGGAUAGUGGGCAAAAUUUUUAAUGGCACUACAUGGAUAAAACCAGAGGAUUCCAAAUAUCUGGCAAAAAUUCAAAAACAAGAGGAGCGAACAUCCUUAAUCUAAAGAACCAAAUACUUUUACUGUUGCUAAUGAAAUAACAAGGUUAAUGUAUUUUAAUAAUUUUAUUUCUUUAAAAUUUUUUAUAUAAAAUUGUAGAAUUUUAUUUUAUUAUGUAAAAUCAUUAUAAUUCAUGAAACUUUAUUGACAAUAAACAAUUUAGUUUUUUGGGGAGGGGGGUCCUCUUUAUUGUAUCAACAAUCAAGAAACCACAGAACCUAUUGAAAUUCAUGUUAGCAUUUAUUUUUAUGAUUUUUGAUAGAUCGAGUUAAACCAGAAAUUUAUCAGGAUGACUUUUGUAAGAUUAUCCAGUGAAAUAUGCAUGAUAAGGCCACAUCAGUAUCCACCAGAGACCAAAGGUGGAGGUUUUUAGCAACUGUAUCCUUUUGAUCAGAAAUCUCUUUCUGAAUGCAUUUUUUUGGGCAAUGUUUUCUCCCUUGAACUAACUUAUUUUUGAGAUGAGCAAUUUUUAUCGAUCCAUGUAAUCAGCUUAUUUUGAAUCUUUAGUCUUUAUAUUUUAAAUUCAUGCACUCACAAUAUUUGUUCGUUGACUAAAAUUUAUGAUUUAUUUUGUUGAAAUACAAAAUAAAAUAUUAUGGAUAUGGAGUAAAAGAAAUUUUUUAAAGAUAGAUCUCCAUCUGAACAAAACUGAUUUAUUUCUUAUCCAGACAAAACACUCAGGUUUAGUCUUUAGUCCCAGUAGAGCCAGUACAAAAUGGUUAAAUCGUGUUUCUGUACUGUCUCUUGUUUUAAAGGGGGGUGGAAUAUAAGUAGAAUUACAAAUUUCUGUUCAUAUCAGUUAAUAUGAGAAUCCGUUUUCAGUAGUGUGAAAAUUAAGAUUGCUUGUGACUGCAUGUUUGUUUGUUUAUUUUUUGCUUGAAAACAAACUGAAUAAUAUUUUCUGUAUUGUAAAAAUAUAUCAUAUCUCGUAAACCUUAUCUGACUCUUAGCUGAAAAGUAUUGUUAAUUGCUGAAGCUAUAAACCUUGAAAUGUUUUUUUAUGCAGAACUGUGAUUUUGUUAUGUUUUUUCUCUUUAUAUGAAAAAUAAUUGAAAGAACUUGUUUUAUAGUGGGACCUAUGAUGUAGUGUUUCUCAUUAUCCACAUAAUUGUAUAAAAACCAUUAUUAUCAUUAAAGCUGAAUAUAAUGUUUUUGUAGCAUGCAAAAACAAAAAAAAUCAUAUGUAUAUUUAUUCAUUUAUAAUUAAUUUGUAAUUUUAAUCUGAGAAAGUAACUAAUAUUAAUUGUGCAUUUUAAGUAUUUUUAUCAUUAUCAACCGUGCCAUAUAUAGUAACAAUUGGCAGAAUGUGCAAUGUGUACAGUUUAUCGUUGUUGUCUUUUGUGCUGUUUUGCUGGUGUACAUCAAUAAAAACCUAUAAUUAGAAAACUUA